AUGAGCUAUCUGAGUUAUGAAAAGAUACAGCAUGGACAACAGGCUGAUCCUCACCAUCCUAUUUGUGACCUGUCUGUCUGUGGGCACCUAUGGUCAAGUGACUACAACUGCACCAACCACAGCUGCACCAACUACUGCAGCACCAACCACAGCUGCACCAACCACAGCUGCACCAACUACUGCAGCACCAACCACAGCUGCACCAACCACAGCUGCACCAACUACUGCAGCACCAACCACAGCUGCACCAACCACAGCUGCACCAACCACAGCUGCACCAACCACAGCUGCACCAACUACUGCAGCACCAACCACAGCUGCACCAACCACAGCUGCACCAACCACAGCUGCACCAACCACAGCUGCACCAACUACUGCAGCACCAACCACAGCUGCACCAACUACUGCUGCACCAACCACAGCUGCACCAACCACAGCUGCACCAACUACUGCAGCACCAACCACAGCUGCACCAACCACAGCUGCACCAACUACUGCUGCACCAACCACAGCUGCACCAACCACUGCAGCACCAACCACAGCUGCACCAACCACAGCUGCACCAACCACUGCAGCACCAACUACCGCAGCACCAACUACAGCAGCAGCAAUGACUACUACAGCAGCAGCAAUGACUACUACAGCAGCAGCAGCAAUGACUACUACAGCAGCAGCAAUGACUACUACAGCAGCAGCAGCAAUGACUACCGCAGCAGGAGCAACUACCGUAGCACCAACUACUGCAGCAACAACUACAGCAGCAGCAGCAAUGACUACUACAGCAGCAGCAGCAAUGACUACUACAGCAGCAGCAGGAACUACCGCAGCAGGAACUACCGCAGCAGCAACUACCGCAGCAGGAACUACCGCAGCAGCAACUACCGCAGCAGGAACUACCGCAGCAGGAACUACUGUAGCAGGAACUACUGCAGCAGGAACUACUGUAGCAGGAACUACCGCAGCAGGAACUACCGCAGCAGGAACUACUGCAGCAGGAACUACCGCAGCAGGAACUACCGCAGCAGGAACUACUGCAGCAGGAACUACCGCAGCAGGAACUACUGUAGCAGGAACUACCGCAGCAGGAACUACUGCAGCAGGAACUACCGCAGCAGGAACUACAGCAGCAGCCCCACUGAUGCCCAACACCACAGUGGAAGCUCUUGGGACACCUCUUUCUAGGAGAGGAUGUGGGACCCAACAGCUCUGUGCAUCCGAGCCUUCCACUUGUGACCCUUCCUCAACAAAUUGUUUCUUUCUUGCCGCCAAGCAAACCAGUGGUCAAAACUUUGAGCUUGGGCUUGCAGGACAGUCAAGCGGCUACGUGGCUG